AUUUGACAGGGUACAGUCAGGCAGAGCCUGCACUCCAGCUAAGCGUUCAGUUAGGCACAGACGCCCUAGCCGCUCUCCCACUCUCUCCUUGCUUUUCUUUUGGACGUUUUGGGGCCGAACAACAAAUAAGCAGCCAUGGAUGCCAUUAAGAAGAAGAUGCAGAUGCUCAAGCUCGACAAGGAGAAUGCCUUGGACAGAGCAGAGCAGGCUGAGGGAGACAAGAAGGCAGCAGAGGACAGAAGCAAACAGUUAGAGGACGAUAUAAGAGAGUUGGAAAAGAAAUUGCGUGUUACUGAAGACGAAAGAGAUAAAGUGUUUGAAGAGUUCCAAACUGCUGAAGAAAAGCUGCUGACCGCUGAGGAGGUCGCCACCAAGGCUGAGGGAGAUGUCGCAUCCCUUAACAGACGUAUCCAGCUGGUUGAGGAGGAGUUGGAUCGUGCUCAGGAGCGUCUGGCUACUGCCCUGACCAAGCUGGAGGAAGCUGAGAAGGCUGCUGAUGAGAGCGAGAGAGGCAUGAAGGUCAUUGAGAACAGGGCCAUGAAGGACGAGGAGAAGAUGGAGCUGCAGGAGAUCCAGCUGAAAGAGGCCAAGCACAUCGCUGAGGAGGCUGACCGCAAAUAUGAGGAGGUGGCCCGUAAGCUGGUCAUCAUUGAGGGUGACCUGGAGCGUACAGAGGAGCGCGCCGAGCUGUCAGAAAGCAAAUGCUCUGAGCUUGAGGAAGAGUUGAAAACUGUGACCAACAACCUGAAGUCACUGGAGGCCCAGGCUGAGAAGUACUCACAGAAGGAGGACAAAUAUGAGGAGGAGAUCAAGGUCCUCACCGACAAGCUGAAGGAGGCUGAGACUCGUGCUGAGUUCGCUGAGAGAUCAGUAGCCAAGCUUGAGAAGACCAUUGAUGACUUGGAAGAUGAGUUGUACGCUCAGAAACUGAAGUACAAGGCCAUCAGCGAGGAGCUGGACCACGCCCUCAACGACAUGACUUCCAUAUAAAUAUUUUACACCUCAUCAAAGACGCCUCCUGCCGGCUGAGCGGCAUCUGUCUGCUCUCUCCAGCCCUCUCUCAACUUUUCCUUUCCCCUCUGUCUUUGCUUUCCUUUCCUCCUCAUGUCUUCAUCCUCACGUCAAAGUUAAUUGCAUCCCAUCACUUGUACAGAAUCCUAGACUCUUUCUGCAUUGUGUAAAAAAUAAACGUCCUUCCUUCUAUGUAAGCUGUAUCUCUUUUCUCUGUCCUUUGUUUUUCUUUUUAAUUUAUUUAUUUUCAAGUGGCUCUAAUAAAACCAGGAAGCCUUGAUUUUAAGUUAUGUUUUCCAUUUUGUUUCUGCAUCUCAACAAACCAUUAGCCGAGCUUUUUCCCUGCUGUCCUUCGUUCUUGUUCUUUUUAUUUUCUUCAAAUAUUGUUCUGUGAAGCUGAGAUAUUAGGAAUAUCACAGUGGUGCCAUAGGCACAGAAACCUAGAACAACCACAGGUACUUGACUGAAAGCUGAGCCAAGUUGUCUUCUCGCAUUUGAGCCUGAUGCAUGUAAGCACUUUUCAACAUUUAGUACUGUGACAGGAGGAGCUGACUGGAAAGAUUUGAGAAUCGUAGGGGAUUAGUGUUGGAUUGCUAUCCGCAAAGAUUGUGGUGAAGUAGAGUAUACGGUGUAAAGGUGGAAUAUAGAACAGUAUGUAAGAUUUGUUGAGCCUCAUCUGGUUGCUGGAAAAAUUAGAUGAAACUGCUAUCAGUGAUGAUAAGACAUGGGCUUUGUAUGAUACACAGUAUCCUGUCAUAUAUUUAAAUAAAUAUACAAACACA